AUGGGAUGCAAGAUAGGACAACCCAGAGAUGGACCACGAAGAGCUGCAAUUUAUGGAAAUAAGUGCAAUACGCUACGAAGAAUACAAAUUAAAAUUGAUCAUUUAAGAGGAGACUUAAAAAGAAUAAAUAAGUACAUUGAAGGUAAUCCUACAAGAAGACUUAAAAACAUGAUCAAUAAGAUAUUAAAGGCAUACAAUAUUCACACACGCUACGAAACAAAUCACACGAAUAUUAUUAACACAAGAGACACAAUAAAACAGAAACUAUGUGUACAAGUAGCGAGACAGCGUAAAUACAAGUUAUCGAAUCAAAGACGAGAAAACAAUAGACUCUUUAACAGCAACGAAAAGCAAUUCUAUAGAAAAAUACGAUCCAAUGCCAAUACGUCAGACGACGUAUAUCCAAGUAAGAAUGGUGCAGAAAAUUACUGGAGUUCACUGUGGUCCAAUACACAAAAACAUAAUGAAUCCGCUCAUUGGAUUGAAAAAGAGAAAGAGAAAUAUCAAGAAAAAAAAAUGUCAACUUGUCUAAUUACAUGUGAUCAGGUCAAACGAAUUAUAGCAAAAACACACAACUGGAAAUCUCCUGGACCAGAUCACAUACAAAACUUUUGGUUUAAAAGAUUUACUGCAGUCCAUCAAAAAUUAACUGAACUUUUAAAUGAAUGUCUACAAAACCCCGCAACAUUUCCAAUCAUUUUUACGAAAGGAAAAACAUAUCUAAUGGCGAAGAAUAAUGGAUUUAAAGGAAACCCAGCAAAUGGCCGUCCAAUUACUUGCCUCCCAUCGAUAUAUAAGAUACUGACUGCUUGUAUUAGCGAUCUUAUAAAUACAUACCUUACACAAAACGAUAUUAUGUGCGUAGAACAGAAGGGAUGCAAAAAACACGCAAAAGGAUGUAAAGAACAACUAAUAAUUGACCAAAUAAUAUUGGAACAGCAGCUAAGAAAAAUAGAAACCUGCACAUGUGCUUUAUUGAUUACAUGA